UAAGGAUUCGUCUUGGAAAUUAGAGAAAUUGAAAUUAUUCAUAAAACCUGAAAUAAAACUCUCUCUCUCUCUCUCUCUCUCUGACACCUCUGAUUCCCCCUCACGGCCACGCAGAGAGAAGAUGGAGUUGCAAAUGAAGGUGGCGGAGGCGGUGCACGUGCUGAACCACGACAGCCAGUCGUGCAACCGCGUUGCCGCCAAUCAAUGGCUGGUGCAGUUCCAGCAGACCGACGCUGCUUGGGAGGUGGCCACCUCCAUCCUCACCUCCCCCUCUCCCUCCCCUUCCCUCUCCUUCGAGGUCGAGUUCUUCUCCGCCCAGAUUCUCAAACGAAAGAUCCAAAAUGAAGGCCAUUAUUUGCAAUUCGGAGCUAAGGACGCUUUGCUGAAUGCUCUUCUUCUGGCCGCCAAGAGAUUCAGUUCGGGCCCUCCUCAGCUGCUAACGCAAAUCUGUCUUGCGCUCUCUGCCCUUAUGCUUCGUGCUGUUGAGAAUGGGAAACCUAUAGAGCAGCUCUUUUACAGUCUCCAGAGUUUGCAGAGCCAGGACGAUGGAAAUAUUGCAGUGUUGGAGAUGCUCACAGUUCUGCCAGAAGAAGUUUUCGAUAACCAAAAUGCUGAUAGCAAAAUAAGUUCAGCCUGCAGAACCCAGUACUGCCAAGAGGUGAGCUUUACAGACUCUCUUUUUAUCUUAUUGUUUUUCCUUCUUAUUUCUUUUUGGUGGUUCCCUUUGCUUGGCCUUAAUUUCUCUUUUGCACAGCUUCUCUCGCGUACCCCGACGGUUCUUGAGUUCCUGCUGCAGCUAUCCGAGAAAAGGUUUGAUGGAGGUGCACAACUACAUGAACCGAACAGAAAGAUUCUGCGUUGCUUACUGAGUUGGGUUCGAGCUGGGUGCUUCUCGGAGAUUCCUCAGGGUUCAUUGCCAGCACAUCCACUUCUAAAUUUUGUAUUCAGUUCUCUGCAGGUUUUAUCUUCAUUUGAUUUAGCCAUUGAAGUUCUCACUGAACUUGUUAGUCGACAUGAGGGGCUACCCCAAGUUUUGUUAUGCAGAGUACAUUUUCUUAAAGAAGUGCUUCUUCUACCAGCUCUUAGUAAGGGAGAUGAGAAAGUUAUUGGUGGUCUUGCAUGCUUGUUGUCAGAAAUUGGGCAGGCUGCACCAUCUCUGAUUGUAGAAGCGAGUGCUGAAGCACUUGCUCUGGCGGAUGCACUCUUGAGCUGUGUGGCAUUUCCAAGUGAAGAUUGGGAGAUUGCAGACUCAACUUUGCAAUUCUGGUCUAGUUUUGCAAGCUAUAUUCUUGGCCUUGAUGAGGAUGGUCCACAAAGUAGAAAACAUGUGGAAGACAUGUUUUUUUCCGUAUUCUCAGCUUUGCUUGAUGCGCUUUUAUUGCGUGCACAGGUGGAUGAAUCUACGUUCAAUGACGAGAGAGGAAAUCCUGAACUGCCUGAUGGCCUUGUCAAUUUUAGGAUGAAUCUUGUUGAACUUUUGGUUGAUAUUUGUCAACUUUUAAGAUCAGCUACAUUUAUACAAAAGCUUUUCAUUGGCGGUUGGGCCUCAGCAAAUGUUCCAAUUCCUUGGACGGAGGUGGAGAGCAAGUUAUUUGCUCUUAAUGUGGUUUCUGAAGUAGUCCUACAGGAGGGCCAAACCUUUGAUUUCACUGUGAUUAUGCAGCUGGUGAUAAUGUUGUCUGUUAGGCCUACUGAUGAGCUCAAGGGCUUCAUGUGCAUUGUGUACAGAUCUCUGGCUGAUGUUGUUGGUUCCUAUUCCAAGUGGAUAACUGGUUUUCAAACAAAUUCUAGACCCUUACUAUUAUUUCUUGCUACAGGGAUCUCAGAACCUGUGUCCUCAAAUGCUUGUGCCUCAGCCCUGCGUAAAGUUUGUGAAGAUGCUUCUGCAGUUAUUUGUGAAUCUGCAAACUUGGAAAUUUUGAUGUGGAUAGGAGAGGCUUUGGAGAAAAGGCAUUUACCUUUGGAAUACGAGGAAGAAGUUGUCAGUGCGAUAAGUCUGAUACUUGGUUCUGUUCCCAACAAAGAACUAAAGAGCAACUUGUUGGCUAGAUUGCUUUCUUCUAGCUACGAAGCUAUUGGAAAACUUGUUGAUGAAGACAACAAACAUUCUCUGAGACAGGACCCGGCUACUUAUACACAAAUUUUGAACUCUGCGGCAAGAGGGUUGUACAGAAUGGGAACUGUAUUCAGUCAUCUUCCAAUGUCUUUGUUGAAUGGGCCUUCUGCAGAUGAUCCUAUACUUGCACUUCUGACAAUUUUUUGGCCCAUGCUGGAGAAACUUUUUAUGUCUGGACACAUGGAGAAUGGUAAUUUAUCCACUGCAGCUUGCCGGGCUCUUUCACAAGCAAUUCAAUCUUCAGGCCAGCACUUUAUGACAGUACUGCCCAGAGUACUUCAUUGCCUUUCAACAAAUUUUUUGUCAUUCCAAAGUCAUGAAUGCUACAUCAGAACAGCUUCUGUUGUUGUUGAAGAAUUUGGUCAUAGAGAGGACUAUGGAACUUUAUUUGUCACCACUUUUGAAAGAUUUACGUAUGCACCAUCAGUAAUGGCUCUUAAUUCUUCGUAUAUAUGUGACCAAGAACCUGAUCUAGUGGAGGCCUACACAAAUUUUGCAUCCAUGUUCGUUCGGGGCUCUUCUAAGGAAGUACUUACUGCAUGUGGUUCCCUUCUUGAAGUGUCCUUCCAAAAGGCAGCUAUAUGUUCCACUGCUAUGCAUCGUGGGGCAGCACUAGCAGCCAUGUCAUAUUUGUCUUGUUUCUUGGAUGCGGGCCUGGCCUCUUUGUUGGGGUGCGCAACUUGUAUUCCUGAAGGAUCAUUCAGUGCCAUGGCAAUUCAGGUCAUAUCUCAUAGUGGCGAGGGACUUGUAUCGAAUGUGGUGUAUGCUUUACUUGGCGUUUCAGCAAUGUCACGGGUUCACAAGUGUGCGACAAUCUUGCAACAAUUGGCAGCAAUUUGCAGUAUAAGUGAGAGAACAACCUGGAACGCUAAUCUUUGUUGGGAAUCUUUGCGUGGAUGGCUACACUCAGCGGUGCAUGGACUUCCAGUUGAAUAUCUAAACCAUGGGGAAGCAGAAUCUCUAGUGCCAGUUUGGUUGAAAGCUCUUGCUGGUGCAGCCUCAGACUAUCUUGAGAGCAAAAGCUGUGAUGGGGGAAGAAGUAGUUAUGGGCAUAUGCAAGGGAAAGGGGGAAGAGUUCUAAAGCGUCUAGUCCGCGAGUUUGCUGAUUGUCACCGUAAUGUCCCAAAUUUGACUUGACUGCAGCAAAACAAUUCUGCUAUGUUGUAUAGAGCUGAUCCAGUCAGCUUCAAGAGCUAACCGAGCCUUCUUCCAGUGGCUGACAGCACCUGUAACAUUUGUAAAUUGAUGGCUUGCUCUAAAGGUUGGUCAGUUAAUCUUGGGGCCUAUUAUUUGAGCGAUGUCCCCACAUAUAUAUAUUCUGAUUAUUCUUCUGUAGUCUUGUACAGUAUCAUGUCCCCAAUUUUGUCAUAUCCCCGGAGGAGAAUAGAAUUUAUUCUGUUCCAUUUUAUUUUAUUUAAUUAAUUAUUUAUUUUCAGCACGGAUCAGAUCCCUAUGUCAAAAGAUGAGGAUACAGACGGUUGAAAAGUGAUGAUAUUUAUUGUUCUAGUUCUGCAUUAAUGUUACCUAGAAGGCCAGCAAAACGAUGAUUUUCGCUUGCUGAUUUAGCUGUUGAAUA